UGUUGCUUUUGCGGCUCCACGUCGGCACCAGCUGCGGGGCAAGAUGGAGGCGCUGAUUUUGGAACCCUCCCUGUAUACCGUCAAAGCCAUCCUGAUUCUGGAUAAUGACGGAGAUCGACUUUUUGCCAAGUACUAUGACGACACCUACCCCAGUGUCAAGGAGCAAAAGGCCUUUGAGAAGAACAUUUUCAACAAGACCCACCGGACUGACAGUGAAAUUGCCCUCCUGGAAGGCCUGACAGUGGUAUACAAAAGCAGCAUCGAUCUCUAUUUCUAUGUGAUUGGCAGCUCCUAUGAAAAUGAGCUGAUGCUCAUGGCUGUUCUGAAUUGCCUCUUUGACUCAUUGAGCCAGAUGCUGAGGAAAAAUGUAGAAAAGCGAGCUCUGCUGGAGAACAUGGAGGGGCUUUUCUUGGCUGUGGAUGAAAUCGUAGAUGGAGGGGUGAUCCUAGAGAGUGAUCCUCAGCAAGUGGUUCACCGAGUAGCGUUAAGGGGUGAAGAUGUCCCCCUAACGGAACAGACCGUGUCUCAGGUGCUGCAGUCAGCCAAAGAACAGAUCAAGUGGUCACUUCUUCGGUGAAGACCUCACUGUUCCUGGCUCCUCACCCCCUCAGAACAUCCACGUGUCUGCUGUGACUCCUCAUCCAGUCCCCCAGCCGAUGCUCUCAGGGUCACCUCGGGGAUCACAAGGGAUCCUUAAAUCUCCAUCCUGUCUGUGGUCGCUCUCCCAAACCCCCAUUUACGCCUCCUGCUCUUUCACACUUUCUUUUAACAACCUGGGAGUAAAGCUCCCAUCAGAUUCGAACACGGGGCAGGGAAAGCACCCUCUUCCUUUCCACACUGAAUUGUGCUCUCACGCUCUCCUACCCCCCCAACCCCCCCACCCCCGUAUUUUCUUCUCAACUUCUGUGCCCUUUGCUGCAGCUACACUUCAGAUCAAAGCAGGAGAAAGAAUGUGCUGAGUGUUUUCCUCCCUUUGCCUUUACCAGGCCUUCAUCCCAACAGCCCAUAUGUUAGCAAGGGGAGGGAGAGAGAGAAUUUUUUUCCUAUAGAACGAGGGGGUGGCAUAGCCAGCCUCAGCCACAGCCCCACUCACUGGCCUCAGCAUUUGCCCCCGUGCCUUCUCACUGCCCCGUCAUCCAGCCUCGGAGGAGAGACGGGGAACAGCUCAUGGGCAGGGGACAGAGUGGAAGGGGCCGGGAUUUACAUUUUAUUGGCUAGGGCUUAUAAAAUCCUGUGUUUCCGUCACAGCCGCAUUCCCACCCUGAUCCUGGCUUAGAGCUUCAGAACCGCUGUGGGUCUGUGAGUGUCCGUCGUAGGGGUGUCCAUCGUAGGGGUGUCCGUCUCCCGGUCCACUACCUUGACUCUCCACCUUCACCUCCCAGGGGGUCUUUGCCUGGUUCGUCCUCACUGUGCCCUGGAGCGAAGCCAGUCCCUGGACGAAAACUCCAUUUUUGUCUUGGGAAGAAGAGUUUUUGCUCCGAGCUGGGGAGGAGGUGGGAUUUAUGACCUGGGCCUCUGGGUGCUGUCCCCUUGGCUCCCCCACAUGCAUUUCCCUCCUCUGCCCUGAGCCUGCAGUCCCUGCCGCUUAAGCCCCUCUUCUCUCUGCCUCAGCCUUACAUCCAGGCAGUAGCUCUGGGCUCCUUCCCUUCAUAGGUCGCUGAGAGAGGCACCUUUCUUCAGAAAACCUUUGGGAUUUGGCUUUCCCCAGGAAGAUGGAGGAUGGAACACCCACUCUUGGGUCUAAUCUUUCCCCUCGACCCAAAACUUCCCACAAAAAUGUCUCAAAAGAACCUUCCUGAGACUUAAUUCUGCCCCACCCACCAACUGCCAGUUCUCCAAGACUGAAGUGGGGUGAAUAACCGGGCAUAUUUGAGGGGCCAUUUUUGUGUCAGAGAUGUAUGGAGCCAGGAGACAGCCACCCUCAUAUACUGCUAUGUGCAAAGAGGAAUAAAACAGACUUCUUUUUCCAAA